AUCGUGGAGGACCCCAAUGCUGAGCUGUCUGUUUCUGAGCUCCUGGAGAGAGCCAACAGAGAUCGCACUCCUGACUUCGAUGAGCCUGAGCUGAUGGGAGAUAUCGCCAUCGAUUCCCCCGAGGAGAGGAACGCUGAUCCCUGCACCUCCCGCGGCUGCAUGUGGCAGAAGUACAACGACGGCAAGGUCUACGUGCCCUACGUCAUCGCCAACCACUUCUCUUCCCGCGAGCUGCAGAUCAUCCAGCGUGGUCUUGACUCCUUCUCCUCCAUGUCUUGCAUCCGUUUCAAGCGCCGCAGCAACGAGAGGGACUACCUCAGCAUUGAGUCUCGCAGCGGAUGCUGGUCCUACGUUGGUCGUCGUGGCAAUGCUCAGACCGUCUCCCUGAGCCGUUCUGGCUGCCUGUACCACAACACCGUCCAGCACGAGCUUCUCCACGCUCUGGGCUUCAACCACGAGCAGACCCGUAACGACCGUGACAACCACAUCACCGUUGUCUGGGAGAACAUCAUCGAUGACAUGAAGCACAACUUCAACAAGAUCAACACCCUGAACCAGAACACCGGAUACGACUACAACUCCGUCAUGCAGUACCACAGGUACGCCUUCUCCAAGAACAACCGCGCCACCAUGGUCCCCAGGCCCAAUGCCAACGUUGAGAUCGGCAAGGCUACCCAGAUGAGCCAGAACGACAUCAACAGGCUCAACAGGCUCUACAAGUGUUAAGAAAACCAGCGCUGUUGGCCGAGAGAGCUGUCCGGGGUCCUGACGGGUGACUGCUGGACGAGUCGAGAUGUUUUUUACGAUCUAUUCAUCAUCAUUACAACGUUGCAUCCAUCUGUAAUUGUGUCUGAUUAUAGCCUUGUUUUGCCAUUCUGCAGG